AUGUCAAUCGGCGUGGCUAUCAUUGGCAGCGGCCUCUUUGCGAAAGAGCAACACCUGCCAGCCGUCCAAGCGGCACAACACUUCGAUCUCAAGGCCAUCUACUCGCGAUCCCUGAAAUCAGCCAAGGACCUCGCUAGCGGUACAUCCGGUGUGGAUCUCUACUCUGACGAUUCAGGAGCGGAUAGGUCCUAUGCUGAUCUACUGGCUCGAUCUGAUAUCGGCGCUGUGAUUAUUGCUCUUCCGAUCUUGGUGCAACCGGAAUUCAUCCGAAAAGCCUUACUGGCAGGCAAGCAUGUCUUAUCCGAGAAGCCUAUCGCAAAGGAUAUCGCCACUGCCCAGGAGCUCUUGCAAUGGUAUCAGACGAACAUCGAUACUAGCAAGAUCUUCUGGUCUGUUGGUGAGAACUUCCGCUACUUGACUAAGUUCAUCUUUGCGGCUGAGCAGGUGCGGACGUUGGGCAAGGUUCUGAACUUCCGGGUUAAUGUUCAUAACUUGGUUAAGGCUGAUAACAAGUACUACCAAACUGCCUGGCGUAAGACCCCUGAGUACCAAGGUGGUUUCCUAUUGGAUGGUGGCGUGCACAUGGUUGCUGGUCUACGUCUGAUCCUGGGCUCCGCAGUGCAUAUCAGUACUCUUUCUGCGCAUUCGCAGCUGCAGCAGGCUCAUCUGCCACCGGUUGAUACGGUGGAUGCUGUUCUUAAGACUGACAGUGGUGCUACGGGUGUUGUUUCCUUGUCAUGGGGAUCGACGUUUAGUGACCAAGUGUUUGAGUUCGCCUGCGAGAAGGGUGUUGUCACUUUGAACUUUGAUGAUGUGACUGUCAAUGGUGUUCUGAAUACUAUUGAGUUUGACGGUAGAGGCGUCGCUCCUGAGGUGGCUGAGUUUGCGAUAUCCAUCGUCCAUGGGAAGCCCGCUAGCCGACAGUCGCCCCAGGAGGCGUUGGCGGAUCUUGAGGUUUUGGAGCAGAUGUUGCAGAGUGCUCGCUCAAAGCGCACUAGUGUGGGUCUCCCACUCUGCGCCGGAGAACCUGAGAGAGAAGUUUUCGAGAUUGAACUCCGACACGACAACUCUCGAACGCCCGGCGAGACCCUGCAAUACCGACAAGGUGAGUUUUUGAUCACCAAUCCUUCGUCGUCUCAGUCAUUAAUUUCUUUCCAGAUGGUCGCCGCUAAGAAGCACAUCCCUAUCGUGAAGAAGCGCACCAACCGCUUCAACCGUCACCAGUCUGACCGGUUCAUGCGUGUCGGCGCUUCAUGGAGAAAGCCCCAGGGUAUUGACAAUGCCCAGCGUCGUCGCUUCAAGGGCCAGCAGGCCAUGCCCUCCAUCGGUUACGGUUCCAACAAGAAGACCCGCCACAUGAUGCCCUCCGGCCACAAGGCUUUCCUCGUCCACAACACCAAGGACGUUGAGCUCCUCCUCAUGCACAACCGCACCUUCGCUGCCGAGAUCGGCCACGCCGUCUCUUCCCGCAAGCGCGUUGACAUUAUUGAGAAGGCCAAGGCUCUCGGUGUCAAGGUCACCAACGCCAAGGGCCGUGUCACCACCGAGGCUUAA